UUCGACGGCGGUGGCGGUCAGUCCCGGCGGCAGUGGCAGCAACGGACGCAGGACGGUCGGUGGCUACGAGAGAGCGGCAUGUUCGAGGCGCCCGUGUGACUGUGCGCGUGGCGGGCGAGUCCGUGCGCUUUUGGCGGUGCGCGCGUGUUGGGAUACACGGUAAUACGACGCAAGGUGCGACGAGGUGCACGAAGUGGAGCGAGGCGUACACGUCGUCGCUACAUGUGAAGUGUCGCGGGGAUACCUACUCGCCGUCGCGCCCGCUGGAUAACCCGGCCCAGCAAACAUGAGCUGGGGCACGGAGCUCUGGGACCAGUUCGAGAAUCUGUCCCUGCACACACAAAAAGGGAUAGAGUUCCUCGAGAGGUAUGGCCACUUCAUACGUGAUCGUUGCGCGAUCGAGUUUGAAUACGCAGCGAAGCUCAGGCGUCUCGUGAAGAGCUAUCAACCGAAGAAGAAGGAGGAGGAGGAUUAUCAGUAUAGUCCUUGCCGGGCUUUCAAGAUGGAGCUGAACGAGGUGAAUGACCAGGCUGGCCAGCGGGAGGUGAUCGCGGAGAAUCUGCAAGCGAACGUCCUGCGGGAGCUCAACAUUCUGGUGAAGGAUUUCAAGGAGGAUCGCAAGAAGCAUCUGCAGGAGGGCGCACGACUAAUGGCCACCCUAGCUGGUCAGAUCGGCAACUUGGAGCGCGCCAGGAAGUCGUACGAGAAGGCCUUUCGCGAGGCGGAACGCGCCGUCGAGAACUAUCAGCGAGCGGACGCGGAUCUUAAUCUCUCGAGAGCAGAGGUUGAGAAACAGAGGAUGAACAUGACUAUGAAGACCCAGCAAAGCGAAGAAGCCAAAACGGAGUACGCGAAUCAAUUGCAGAAAACGAACGAUUUGCAGACGCAACACUAUCACACAACGAUGCCGGAAGUGUUUCAACAUCUUCAGGAACUCGACGAAAAGAGGAUAAAGAACAUGCGGAACUACAUGAUGAAAUCAGUGGAAAUCGAGCGAGCGGUGGCGCCGAUAAUCGCUCAGUGUCUGGAUGGCAUCGAAAAGGCGGCGAGUGAGAUUAACGAGAAGGAGGAUACGAUGUUGGUGAUCGAGCGUUACAAGAGCGGUUUUCAGCCUCCUGGUGACUUUCCCUUCGAGGAUCUAUCGGUCGCCAAGAAUUACGAUAGCAACAGUCAAUUGGCUCAGCCGGUCAUGCAACCGAUUCACAAUCAUCUCACAGUCAAAGGCACUGUCUCCGGCGGCAAGAUCAAGAAGCGUGUGGGCCUAUUUGGGAUUUUCAGCAGCAAUAAGAAGUUGAUCGAGGUGUGCAUAGCUUUAAAGGUCUGUCCUUCUUCAUACAAUCGCCAAAAUAACGUGCCUGGCUAUGGUGACGGCGCCAAGGAGGACUGCAGUGAUCUACCACCGAAUCAGCGAAAGAAACGACUGCAGCAACGACUGGAUGAGAUUCAGGCGAAGAUCCAGCAGGAGACUGCAGCGAGGGACGGCCUGAUGAAGAUGAAGGGUGUGUACGAACAAAAUCCUGCCCUUGGAGACCCGAUGAGCAUAGAAGGACAAUUAAACCAGUCUAGCAAUAAACUGGAUAAACUCGGAGCGGAAUUGGCAAAGUUUCAAGGCUACCUCGAUGAAGCAAUGCGCGCUGGUGUCAGUUUGUCUAGCCCAAGUCAAGCACCGCGAAAACCCACUAGUAACGGCUCGGCAACGAGACCGUUGAGUUCACGGAGGUCCAGCCAUUCGGGCGGCGAGGAGAGCCUUUCGAGAUCCGCUUCGGAUUCAAGCGUCUGUAACGCAAACGCGAAUCAGCCGGUUCACAAAAAGAGCGCACCAGGUACACCGCAGCCGACUCAUGGUUCCACGAACAGCCCGGAAUCUGGUCUCGGCGAAUCGAGAACGUCGUUACCUGGCAGCGGCUGCGAAGAGUAUUAUCAUGACGAGGUGGACGCUCAGCCGCCACUGGGAACGUGUCGGGCGCUUUAUCCUUUCGACGCGACUAGCGAAGGCUCUAUACCGAUGUACGACGGGGAAGAGCUGUUCAUGAUAGAGUUAGAUCAGGGCGACGGCUGGACCAGAGUGCGGCGCAUGUCGCAACCAAUCGAGGGCUUCGUACCGACCUCGUAUAUAGAGUGUCAUCUAUACAACACUUAGCCGCUUCUCCUAGGUUGUUAAAGGGGAAUUGCGUGUCGCGGAAUUACUCGAAGGAGAUUGCUAUUAGUAAGCGCGUAAUGCGUUCGGUACUGCUGUAGACAGUAGGGUCAUGUGUUGGUCAAAUUGGCAUGGAUUAUCGAGAGACAGCGAAUUGUAGGCCUACUCCAUACUCUACCGAAAGAAGAUCGAAAAGAUGUUUAAAAUAGUCAACAAUUUAAGUGCUUGGCAAUCAGACUGCACAGGCGUGAUGAAUUUUUAAGCAAUUGGCGAUUCCAUGCUAUGGGAACGCGUGCGAAUCUGAAAUCCAAUUGUUCAACUCCAGAUAUAGAUGAAUUCUGAAACUGCGGAUCGUGUUAAAGACCGUGUUCAUAGGUCUUUUGGAAUUCGUGAAAGUGGUGAAAACUGAAUUUACGAAUUUGAGGAUUCAUUCGUCGAUCCAAAGAUCUGAUAUUUACCAGCUUGUGAUUCAGAAUCAAUGACUCGUGCAACUCUAAACGAUCAAACUCAAAUUAUCACGUGCCAAUAUUCUUGACGACAACGCGAUUAUCAUGUAAAUCACUUGCAACACAUGUCCCUGCUAGAAAUUCCCGUUCGAUCGAUCGAUCGAUCGAACUGGGAAGAACGAAAGAACGAUACGAUGUGAACAAAACACCCCGCUUUGUGAUCACUCAAUCUAAGCGUAAUAGCGAUAGAAUCGAGUUCAUUAUCUCGGGCUUAUCAUAGGUCUUUAAGAAAAUUCGCUCUUAUCCGGAUUUUUUAAGAACGCCAUGACCCUUCCCCGUACGAAACUGUUAAUGAUAUUAAUUUGUUAAAUAGUAUUUACUUUAGCAAUUAUUUGUUAAAUAAGUAUUAUCAAUAGCAAAGUGUAUUAUUUAAAAAAUUAUUCAAUUCUUUCUUUCUAAUCAUGCGAUUUUGUAUGAAGGGCCGCGGCGUUUUUAUAAUUUUUUUUCCACGUAAUUUCGGGAUUUAUAAGUUGAUUUUAAUGGCUGUUAACUAUUAACUAUUAAUUGCGAAGGUUAGAUAUUGCGGGAACUUUUGCCUGCACUAUUAUUUUCACGGAAAGGAAUUUCUAUACGCGAAGGGCAGCAACGGCCCUGUAUUUUUUGUGUCUAGGUCGCGUCAAAGUUAAUAUUAAUUAACUAUUAUAACCGUUAUUGUCUUAUUAUUAUGCCGGGAGUUUUUAUUUAGUAGGACUGUAUUAUGUUUCACUUUGUAAAUAAAUAAUCCUUUUUUUAUUUUAAAGCAGUCUUGUUCGAAAGGCCGCAACGGCUCAAAAUAUAUAGAUAUACGACAAAAAACUCGCGAAUCCAGGUAAGAGUUGAACUUGUGCAUCUGUAUAAUAGUGUUAUGUCCGAUCAUAUUCGAAUUUAAAUUGUAUGCAUUUGAGAUUUUCAAAUCCUCGAGCAGAUGCAUGAAUGGCCACAAGAACAAAUGAAUUUAUUAUCGAAUUGUUAUCUAUCACGGUAUCAAUAUUAGAAAUUGUCAAUAUUAGCUUUUACAAUGAUGAUGAUGAAUUAACAGAAUAAUUGAUUGAAUAACAAAAAUCAUAGGUGCAAUAUUUUAAUUAAAAGUUCUGAAACACCCGAGUGUUUCGCCUAUCACUAUAGAAACUUACAAGUUUUUGUUAAUUUUAUAGACUUACAUUAAUGUAUCUGCUUAAGGAUUAAAGCGUGAAAUAUCUUCGUGACGAAAACGGACAGCGAAAUGGUUCAUAAACGCAUAACCGCGGCUUAUGAAAAUUCCCACGUUGCUGUGCACGAAGACAUUUAACGUCCCCGUUGAAGAAAGUAACUGUCGUAGUAAUAAUAAUUGCGUUCCGCCUACUCGGUACUCGUAAAUUAAUCGCGACUGUUAUAAAUGUCGGCACCGAAGUUUUACUGUUUUUUUUGUAAACUUCUCAACGUCGUAAAGGGCGGCCGACUGUUUCACAGACACGGCUCACUGUCACGUUGGGAGAACAAGAGACUGAACUAGAGAUGCUAGAGUUUUGUCAUACUCGCAGCAAACGAACCAAGCGAAAUCUUUACGUAAUUCUCGUAAUCAGAAUAACGAGGAUUGUCGAAAUUUUGGAAUUAAGAAUUCAAGAACCACACAAAGAUUACGGAAGCUAAAAUUUACGUAGCAGAAGAUUACGAAACUCUGCGCCGAAUGUGGAGGAGGAAGAAUUUAGGAAAUAAGGACUUUGGUACAUGAAUCCAUGAAUUUGUAACACCUGAAAGUCUCGUAAAAUCUAGCUUCCGUGGAAUAAAAGCACCUACAAAAUCUCUAUGCCAGGAUUUCAGAAGUCGAGUUUUAAAAUUGGAAAAUUUUAUAUAAUCUUCCUUGAAUAAAUCUCUUAAAAGAUUCAAAAAUAUACGGAUCUUUUGAUCCAACGGUAUAUGAAUAUAUUGGCUUAUUGAAGACUUACCGAAAGAUCCACAUAAUUAAGAAUUAAUGGAAAAACAUCUGCGGAGAGACUAACGAUUCUGAAAAUUCGGGAUUCGUUAGUCUAACGUUACUCGUUGUCAAUUUAAUGUGACGAAAAGUGAGUCAUCUCGAUGGAUCAGUCUGGCGUGCCGUGUUUAACGCGUUGCCCGGAUGUGAAUUUAGUUAGUAAUAGACUCAUGUAAAUAUUGUCAGGGAUGUGGGAGCGAGAAUCGGAGCGAGGCGAGUAUGGCUGUCUAGGGUGCGAGUGCCAGGAACGAUAUUAACGCGAAGGACUCACUUCCGUCGUAGACGGGGCCUGAGCUUCAUAGAAGCGCGGCUCUCAAGUAUCCUGUAACAUUUUCUAGUGUGUUGACGAUGUAUAUAUAUACAUAUAUAACGCUAGAAAAUUGGCAGAAAAUAUAUAAUGUCGUUAGCACAUUAAUUGCACGCAUUACUCGUAGCGACAAGUUGAUGCAAUUUGAGACGAGUGUUUCAGUCACGGUCGGAGGAGGACUCGACGACUCGACGACAUGAACUUGUCGCUGCUUCGUUAUUUCGAGUGCGACAUUUUCCAACGGUAAAAAUGCCGACGCUAGGGCUAAGGCGCAAGAAUGAUGUCUCGUGCUGAAAGGAACUGAAUUUCGAUCCAACUUAUUACUGCCGGAAGGAGUCCGCGCGACCGCGAGAGCCUACCACGUUCGUUCGAGUUUCGCGAAAUCCGGGGAUCGUGUAACCGUACUUUCGCGUGCAUUGAAUGUAUAUGUAUAUAUUAUAUAUAGAUAUACAUAUAUAAAUAUUACUCGAUCGUCAGAAAAAGCGUAGCUUCACUAUAGCCAGAUAUACGCAAGUGCACGAAUAAAUAUGAUGAAUAGUCCGUUCAGAUACGCAUAUACAUACUACUGUCUCCCGUUUUUCGUUCGACACUUGUCGUUUCUUGCGGUUUAUAUAUAUUUUUAACAGGGGAAAUGCUCGGCGAUUUUGUUCACCGAGACGACGAAUUAACGGGUUACUCUUUGUGCGCCUCGACUGUGUCCGUUUUAUGUACAUUUUGUGAUUUUAUGUACGCGAACAAGUGUUGUAGAUAAUUAAUUCUGCGUUUUAUUAUACUUUAUUAUUCUUUUAAUUAUUACUGCUAUUAUUAUCAUUAUUAUUAUUAUUAAUACUGAAAAUACAGGUACUAAAUCAA